AUGGCUUCUUCUUAUUUUCUUAGGUUUUCCCCAUUUCUUCAGCUUCUCCUUAUAAUAAUCUCCAUCAUCAGUGCCACUUUGUGCGACGCUGUUUUACCGACACAGAGGCCAUUCAACAACACAAUUUCCGGCAUUUUCAUCUUCGGAGACUCGACAGUGGAUUCCGGCAACAACAACUUCAUUAGGACGGUGUCUAAGUGCGACUUUGCGCCGUACGGAAGGGAUUUUGAUCAGAACCACACCCCCACCGGGAGGUUUACCAAUGGCAGGCUCGUUACAGAUUUUAUAUCGUCGUACGUGGGAAUAAAGGAGUUCGUGCCGCCGUACUUGGACUCGAGUCUUGGCACGGAGGAGCUUAUCACCGGCGUGAGCUUUGCCUCCGGCGGCAGCGGUUAUGACCCUCUUACGUCUAGAAUUAACGGGGUGAUUCCCAUGGAGCAACAGCUGCAAUAUUUCAGAGAGUACAGAGCAAGAAUUGCAGGCGCCAUUGGAGAGGAGAACACCAAGCUGCUGAUAAGCAAAGCCGCUUUCCUCAUCAGCGCCGGCACAAAUGAUUUGGUCGUCAACUAUUACGGCACCCCUUUCCGCCGCCAGAACUUCACCGUCUCCCAGUACCAGCAUUUCCUUCUGCAACUCACCCACGACUUCAUACAGGAAUUGAUAAAGGAGGGAGCUCAGCUGAUCGGAAUUGUUGGGCUGCCGCCGAUUGGGUGUUUACCGAUUGUGAUUACAACAUUUUCCGGCCGUCCAUUUUCCGGGCGUCAAUGUCUUGAUACGUACUCCGCGGUUGCGAGAGAGUACAACCAGAUGCUGCAGGACAGCUUGCAGACAAUGAAAAAUGAAUGCAAGAGAAUAGUCUAUGCUGAUAUCUACAAACCUAUAGAUGAUAUGGUACAAAACCCUACAAAAUAUGGUUUUGAGGAUGUUCAUUCAGGUUGUUGCGGAAGUGGGUAUUUUGAAGUGUCAAUUUUAUGCAAUUUAAGAUCAGUUAUUUGUCCAAAUGCUUCUAAAUAUGUAUUUUGGGACUCAGUACACCCAACAGAAGCUACAUAUUAUCAUUUGUUUGAGGCCUUAAAGCCAACUAUCGACAUUGUAAUAAAAAACUAACAUUUCAAUAAUUAUAAGAA